CAGUCAUCACCCCGCAUCGGAGCUAGGGCGAGCACUGGAAACAUGGAGGUUGGGAUGGAAGCUUGAACUUUGUCCUUUGUCCACAGCCAUCGCUGCGUCUCUUGAGUUAUACUUUUACCGGUACCAUGCAAAAUAUUCGGCGUUUAAUAUCUCGUCUUUCUAUAUCAACCCCAAGAGUAUUACGAUCUCACAAUUGCUAUGAAGCUCGUCCAUUCAUGAGGUCCAGAAGCUACUCAACCGAUUCUGGAGUCGGUGAUGACCAAAAAGAUAAGGGAUUAGGAUCAUCCUGGAGUGGCGUCGAUGGUAUGGAAUGGGAGUCCAUGUCGUCUUGGUCCACUGGGUUAACACAGCAGCACUUCAAUGGCCAAGUUGAUGGGCAAGCUUCAGUGCUAUCCAGUUUACAAGACAUAGAGGAUAAGUUGAAAGAACUGGAGGCUGAAAAUCAAAAGAGUCGGGCUUUUGUGGAUGGAUGGGAUGAAAGGAUGCGUGAAAUAAGUGUAUUGCUGAAGCAAGUGCAAGAGCCCGGUGCUAGAGGAUCUUAUCUAAAGGACUCCGAGAAAGCUGAGAUUUAUCGCUUGCACAAGCAAAACCCUGAGGUUUACACUAUUGAGAGGCUUGCCAAAGAUUACAGGAUUAUGAGGCAGAGAGUGCACGCCAUUCUAUGGCUGAAGGAGCUUGAGGAAGAAGAGGAGAAAAAACUUGGCCAUCCCCUCGACGAUUCUGUUGAGGUUUUGCUCGACACCUGUCCCGAAUUUUUUAUUUCACAUGACAGGGAGUUUCAUGUUGCAUCGCUUCCUUACAAACCUGACUUUAAGGUUAUGCCUGAGGGUUGGGAUGGUAUCACCAAAGAUUUGGAUGAAGUCCAUUAUGAAAUCUCCCAAAAGGAAGACGAGAUGCUUUAUCAAGAGUUUGUUCAAAGGAUGAACUUCAACAAAAAGAAAAUGGCUGGGGAGGUGAAAUGCCACAAAUAUAGUCGGCGUCGCCCUUCUAAUGGAUGGACAUUUACAGUAGAGAAAUUAGGACCUCGAGGGAAGCGUGGAGGUGGUGGGGGGUGGAAAUUUGCCAGCUUGCCAGAUGGAUCCACUCGACCGCUGGAUGAGAUGGAGAAAAUGUACGUGAAACGAGAAACUCCACGCCGGCGACGUAGGGUACUUCCUUAACUACUUGAUGGUUGUGUUUUGAACUAUUGAUUGCAUGUUGAGAGUAGAAGGAUGAAUUCAAUCGCUCAAAACAUUUUGUUAUCAUAUAUCCACCUUUCCAAUCUAGACAGUACCAUCUUGUCAAAUAACUUUUUUUUGUGAGUAUUUCUUUGGAAUGGAGUGAGAUGCUUUGUUGGAGAAAUUUUUUUAAUAGGCCCCCUUGGGGACGUCCAUGAUCCAACGAUAUAAAGAA